AUGGACAAAACCAAUAUUCGGGCGAAAAUCGGCGAAGGUUCCGGUUGUACGAUUGUUCCGUCCAGAGCUUCGAGAGAUAAUGUCACUGCAGCCAAAAAGCAGGUUCUUUUCGCUGGAGUCGAGAUUUUUGAUCCACAGUUUACAGUUUUGGAUGAAUAUGCCCCUCGGACGGACGAUCUCAAGCCACCGGAGCAAGUAUACGGUAGCGGCAAUGCUAAAAACAGGUCUGAUAAGCCUAGUUCUUGUAAAAACACUUCUGGAUCCGGAAGGGAUUUCGAAACACCACUGCGCAUCUACAUGAAAAACAAUGAUUCUGCUUCACGGUCUAGGCUUCCAGAGAUAGAUACUUACCUUACAGGAGAAGGAAGUAAAGGCGAACAAGUUGGCGGUGGUGAUCUGGGUAAACAAAGGUUUGGCAAAUCGAUUUCUGAUCAACACCGAGACGGUAUUUGCACGUAUUCAGGACCUCGUAUUCCAAGGACCUCAAGCACAACCCUUUUACAGAAUUUUGAACUUCAAACCAAACUAAACACAUGGCCAUUUGAUACUAAAAAGUCUAGCCUUGCUAAAACUGUUUUUGAAGCUAAACAAUUUAUGCCAGACACCCACACCGAAAUUGUUAAUUCAAACACACAGAUUCAAAUACCAGCGCUCUUAGAUGAUCCAAAAUUCCAAGAGACACGAAGGCCAAUCAAUGAACAUGACAGUAGCAGUGGUUCUAAGGAUCAUUCCAGCAAGUUUAGUCCGGUCGAAAAUGUUCUUGGAGCCAAACAAACGAUAACAGACGUCCAGAACGACAUCGAAGAUUCGACUAGACCAACCGAAGCUCCAACGGGCUUGGACAACUUAAAAGUCUAUGGGAAAGAAAGCAGUUCUCUCGGCGGAUCCUACACCAACAACGAUGGUAGACUCAAUUCUGGCGCGUACAAUUCUAGCCAAAACGUUCUUGGUCACGAUGCUCGAAAGACUGGUCUUGUGAAACCUACUUUUGGAGGCCAAUACAGUUUUGAGAUUACGGAAGACACACACACUUAUAUUGAGAAUUCUCAUAUACGGUCUCAAAUCUCACCAUUCUCGCAGGAGUCAAAGAUUCCGGAGGCAGAAAACAAACCACUUCAUGAAACCCAGGGCAAUCGUGGUCUUAGGCAUGAUUUAAAUAAUUCUAGUUAUGUUAGAAAUAUUCUUCAAACCAAACUCGAGAUUACGCCAGACACUUGCAGUUAUACCGAUGAUUCAUAUUCUCCGACUCAAAACUCAGUGCUUUUUAAUAUCCAAGAUAGAAGAAGUACACUUGUUGAUCACAUCUAUGGUAGAAGCACCAUUGGACACGGUCCUAUUAAGUCUAGCUUAGAGAGAACCGUUCCAGAGGACAACGAAGAAACCAAUGGAGCCACCUGUGCAGUUAUCAGCACUUCAAGUACUCCCCGGGUUCAAAAUCACCCCUUCUCCGAGAAGCCAAAUACCGAACCUAGAGAAACUCAACUGCUUGAUGAAACAUUCAAUAUUGGUUCCCUCGAGAGGGUCUCCGCGGGAGUCGGUAUAGCAACUUCACAGGCUGAGGAAGGUCCGACGGGGCUGGAAUUUCAACCAAAGACUAUCGGGCCGAAAGAAAUUUACAGCAAUGAUGUACCUGACAAUUCCGACUCAGAAGACACCUCAACAAGCGAAUCCAUUUCAACUCCUAGGAUUUCCUUGCCGAAAGUCGAUAUCUCAACCUCACGAAUUUACAAAAGUCAAUUAUUUUCUCCACAAUUAGGAUCUCAACCACAAGCACUUAGUAUUCUUAAAGAAAUAUACGGAAAUAAUGGAAGCUCCUCUAAUAACGUCGGUCAUACUUACUCAAAAAUUGAUGCGGUCUCACAAGUUCACAAUUCAGGGUUCACAAGUCUAGGUAUAACUGGGAGUGGAGCUGUUGAGUACAAAUCUGGGAACGAUGGUGUUAAGGCCGGGACUGCGAUUUUUGAUUUUUGCACUGGUAUAAAGAAUAUGAAUUCAUCUUCUCAACACACCAGAUCCGUCGCACAAUCCCACGCAGAAGGUGGGGAGUUCCUGUACAUCAGUGAAUCACACGGCAGAGACCAGUCAGGGUCUCGAGUGAAGAGUCCAGGUCCGUUGGACGACCUCAACAAAGAGCUUGAACUAUAUGCUGAGCUCUCCCAGCACCAACCUGCCGCGAGUGUCCCUGUAGCAUCCUCAAAGAUACCCGCGAACCCCGUUUACAACAGGUUUGACGUUGCGACACCUAGGCCAUUCACUUUGACGAUCCAACAGCAGCUUGACAUCCAGCCAAAUAUGAUAAAACUGUUAGAAGGAGUCUUCGGCAAAGUGAGUGCAGAGCUCCUUAUCGCUAACAACGCCCCCAACGUGGCCAGACUGAUUGCCAGCGUCGACCCCACAUGGUUAUUGUUGACGUCGGUUGAUCGGCGGCCAUUGAGAGUCUGCGACUUUCCAAUGGCGGCAUGGAAUCAACUUGUUCACCGAACAGUUGUAAAAGUCCAGGAUCUCGAUAAUGAGCAGGGAUUGCCCUCAAUCUCACUCCUGCGAGCUAUGUGGAGCAGUUCGAGCCAGCAAUUUCCUCCACCAGAACAUGGAGGUGAUAAGAACACCAGAGUGCAACGUUACCGCUCGAAUGACUCUCUUUGGGGUGCUCCUUCUGAAUCAGAGAUCUCCUCGAUCUCCGAUAGUUCCUCAACCGUCUCUUCCAACCUCGAUGUCUCCGCUAUCCCCACUGUUCCUACCACCACCCUCUCUGCGUCGGCCGCACCAUUUAUUCCGCGCCAGCUUUCGGUCAAGUCUUCGGUACAGUCGAGCAAGAAGAACCGGUCUAAGAAGUCCGUCGAGCCACACGGUCGAGGCAUUCUUAUCAAGAACCUCCCUCCGGACCUCACCCUUGCAGAGCUUGGCACGCACCUGGGUGGUGGACCACUCGAGCGCAUCGACUUCCACGAUGGCGAGUGCCGAACAGUAGUUGGGAUCUACUUUAUCUCCCGAGAUGAUGCAGCUCGUUACCGAGACGCUGUCAACCAGAACCGUGGAAUCUGCUGGGGAGGUGGAGUCGUUCCUGGACGCUCCAUCCACAUCCCACGGAGCUUCGUGGAUGUCAUUCCGUCACGGAAGGGAGGCCACGAGCCGAUCAAGCCGAAUGUGGUGAUGGCGAUGGAGUCCGAGGGGGCCACGAGAUGCCUCGAAAUCACCGGGCUCCCCUCUUGGGUCAAUAGGGAGAAGCUGGUGUCCAUGAUCAGUAGGCAGAGCAAGGCUAUCAUGCCUGCUGUCGAGUACUGCGUGGUCGGUAGGGACCCGACGAUGACGCACUUUGGCCUCAAGACGGCAAUCGUCCGGAUGGCCUCGUUGGGGACUGCUCUAGGAGCUAGACUCUGCCUGCGCGACAGGAAGGGCUUUAACCACAUCGCCUUCAGAUUCCUCCCGGAUCCGUGCCAGUUCGUGGAACUAGGGCUCCUGAUAGCGAAGUGGGAUGAAGCUGACGAGCUAGAUAGCCAGCAUAGGCUUCUGGACAGCCGGGCUGAGAUGGUCCGUCGGCGUGUGCAUGCGCAGGCAGGAAGGAGGAACGGCUACCGUUGGUAUUAA